AUGAACUACCUUUCUUCUAAGUAUCGUGAUAAGGCCACCCCCAAAGAGAUAGAAGAGCUCCGCUACCGCUUCAGUCUUCUGGACGCAGACAAGUCGGGGAGCAUUACAUUUGACGAGCUGGUUGCGGCCUUCUCUACGUCUUCGUUCCGCUUCCCAAUUGCGGCUGCCAAGUCCCUUAUUCGAUGUGUUUCUUCCAAGCCAAGCAUUACGUUCGAAGGAUUCGUCUACGUUGACCGCUUUGUUCUGCACUGCAACCAGGUGUUCCAGCAGUUCGAUAGGGAUAAUAGCGGGGCAUUGAGCGCCAGCGAGCUUCCAAACGCACUCAACCAAAUUGGAUUUAGUGUAACGCCCCAGACAGCAGUGGCUCUCAUAGGAGCGUUUGAUAGUGGCAAUCGCGGGGCGCUAGAAUACCCUCAGUUCCUGGCUGCAGCGUCAUUGUGUUGCUUAAAUUAUUCAAUCUUGCAGAAAUUCGACCCCUCGCAGACAGGCCGCGUUACUCUCGGAUACAACGAACUGUGCAUUCUUAGCCUGUGGUUUGUAUAA